AUGCGCUCAUUCGCCCUCGUCGCUGGCCUCGCAGCCCUUGCUGUAGCCUCUCCUACUCCUCAGAUCUUUGAUUCUGACCAGCUCGCUGACCUUCCUACCCCUCCUAUCACUGAUGUGUCCUCUGGAGCUGGCUCUGAAAUCAUUCCUCUGGACGUCAAUGCUCUUGUAGCCGAUGCUGUUUCCGACAUCAUCGCUGACCCAACUCCUGAUCUUGACGCCAGUAUUCCAGCUGCCAUCAACACAACAACUCUUGAAAAACGUACUGCUGGUGAUUGUGCGCCUCAGCCCUCGGGCCACGGUCCUCAAAUCGUCCCCGAUGACGUGAAAACGUUCCUGGGCUCCUCAUCGCUCUCUGGCCCAGCUAAAGCUGCUCCCCAGUGGGUCAAUGGCUUCCACCAGACUUUCCAGAACCUACAAGCCAGCGUCAGCGGUUGUAGUUACCAGGGCUACAAGACUUAUCAGCAAUACGAUGUUGCUCAGGCUGCUGCUGAUUGCAGGAGCAUCGCUGGCUGUAAGGGAUUCAACAUCUUCUUCGAGCGCGAUCCUUCUCAGGACGCUGGAUACAACUGCCCCAACCCAUCAUCGACGACCGUGAUCAAGGCAUCUUUCUGGGGUAAUUUGAUCGGCCCCAAUCUGGCUACCAACAAGGGUCAAUACCGCGAUCAAUUCCAAGUUGUCAUCGCUGGAUCGAACGGCUACAACCUAGACGCAUGCGAAACAGCUGUUCAAGGCUGGACUCAGACCCAGCUCGGCAGUUGCUCCAUCAACGCACCUACCUCCUAUUGCAUGCCCGACAACAAGGAUUCAUACCUGACCGUCAAGACCUUCCCUGACGGCAACUUUGACAACUCGCGCUGCAAGGCUCAGUGCGAUAUCAUCACCAAGCAGAGCCCUGAUACCCCCUGCAACUUCUUCACCUCGUACAUGCAGGUCAAGAACGGCCAGUGUGGUGUCCAGCAAUGUGCCUUCUACAAGCGUGCCUGGGACAAGAGCUACUGCACCAACACUGGCGACCCCGUCAACAAGAUCACUAUCGCUUGGGCUUCGUCUUUCACCAACAACGCUUGUGAUGGUACUGAAUUCUGCAGCCUCACUCCUUACGACCUUACCACUGCUACUGCCCCGUAG